AUGGACGUGUGUGUCAGUUGUCAGCAAUGGGCGGAAUGGCAGUGCACGAGCGAGUCGUGCUCCCACUUCUUCUGCCAUCCGUGCCGUCUUUCCACGAACCACUGGCAUGACAUGGUCCCGAUUGUCGCCAUGCACGCCGACCCAGCACGACCAUCCGAUGACCCGGAAAUCAGCGACCGCCACGUGGACAUGAUCCUCCGAAUCGAUAGAAUCAAGCACGCCGUCCGAUGCGUGAACAGCGCGUGCCGAUACGACUGGUGCUACGACGAGCAGUACGACGUGAAACAUUUCAGAUUGUGCAUGAGGAGAAUGAGCGGACAGUGCUGGGAUUGUGAGAAAAUGAAGGAGCUGAUCACCUACAAAUCCACGUACCUGCCUCAGAUGACCUUCAGCCUUUCCGACGAACUUUCCCCGCUUCCAAUAUCGAUGGGCGAAAGAGAGAGUAUUCAUCGGCUGAGUCGCAUUCCGGAAAGUUACUCUCCGAUCGUCGUCCGCGAGAUGACCAACACACUGACUCACGCCGCCAACUGCACGGAUCCGAGAUGCGAUCGGAACUUUUGCGAUCGAAUGAAAGAGCACGGACUUCACUUCAAGCGAUGCAGCAGAAGAUUGGCCUCGUGUGUGUUGUGCGCGAAAAUCCUGGAGUUGGUGUUUCCGCACAGUAGGACUUGUGAGCUAUUGAUCUGCAACGUCCCGUAUUGCAUGAACAUUCGAGCGGAAGUCGGUCACCGAUUCAUGGAGGACCGAUUCAGACAACUCGCGGUCGGACAACCGGACAACGCGGCACCCAAUCCGCACGUCAAGCCAUGGAUCAUUCCGUAA